AUGUUGAAGUCAUUCAUCGAUAAUGCAUGCACCGCUAUCUUCUUUGUUCUUCUGAUUCAGUUUGCUUUUGCUCACAGUAACAGGGUAGUCUUAAACGAGAAAUUACCAUGCAAAACUUUUACACUAUACCUUCACGACACCCUGUUUAAUGUUACGAAUGCGGAUAACGCAACAUCGUCUGCAGUAACUAAUGCCACGGGUAUUAGCAACUUUCAGUUUGGAACACUUAUAGUCUUUGAUGAUCCAUUAACCCUGGAUCAACAUAUUUUAUCUAGCCCGGUGGCUAGAGCUCAAGGUUUCUUCUUCUAUGAUAUGAAGACUAGAUACAACGCUUGGUUUGCAUUUUCGGUAAUCUUCAAUUCUUCCGACUAUGUGGGAACUUUGAAUCUUAUGGGUGCGGAUAUGAUGAAUCAAAAGACUAGAGAUAUUUCCGUCGUUGGUGGCACUGGUGAUUUUUUUAUGACGAGAGGGAUAGCAACGUUGAAAACGGAUGCGGCCCAAGGAUUUGCAUAUUUUCGUCUCAAAAUGGACAUCAAACUCUACGAGUGUUACUACUAGUCGUUUUCCUGCGCAUAUCGUUUCAUUUUGAUUUUCCUUUUGCAUGCAUGAUUACUACUAGUUUAUCUUAUUGUAAUUUCUUAUGAAUAAGUGCUGAUCACUAGUGACUAUUUUUCCUUUUAAUUUUGUUCCCUUUCUAUGGUGGUGCUCCGCCGGGGAAAGAGGUCCAGAUACUUGAAAGAGAAGCUUCACAAUUGCCAAACACUAGCUAGGAUCGACUGGAAAGAAAUCCAACCUGAUACGUCUUCAAGAUGAUUUACCAGUUUUCGGGUGUUCUUUUUAUUUCCUGCUUCUUUUUUUGGUGGGUUUGCCUUUAUGUGCUCUACGUGUAUUUCUUCUUUUUUUAAUUGAAUCAUUUUCCCAGUAGUAAAUUUCAAUAAAAUAAGAAAU